GCCGUCACGACUGCACCUCAACGUCUUCCAUUCCCGUUGACCAUCCAUCGUCGCCAACGCCCGUCGCGUCGCUCGACCGACUUGUUAAGCUCCUCACCGCCUCCAGCCGCUUGAGCCGGACGGCGUGCCCUCGCUCGGAAACUGGAUUCUCUACGACAAAGCGUGCUCGUCGCCGGAGCCAUGUCGCAUCCCGGCCCAAUCAAUGGCGGCUUGGGUCAUGGCAGUAUCGAUGGAUCUGGGACCAUCAAUCCCGCAGCGUUAAAUGCGAUAGUUCCAGGUGUACCUCAAAGUGCGGUCUACGGUAUGGCGCAACAAUCAACCCCUCGAGGCAUGAAACGAAGCCGCACCCCCGAUGUUGGCGAUGACCAUGCGGUGGGCGCUGAAGCAGAUGAUUCUAAACCACGAAAAAGAGGUCGACCUCCAAAGGCCAAACUUUCAGACGCCUCGUCAACUGCGGUCCAUGGACAAACGCCCAUUCACCACCCGAUUCACACUCCUCGGACCGCCACCCAACAACUUCCUCAGACAUCCCCUUCACAUGCAUCGCCGCCUCCGAAAGCGACUCCUACGAAGACCACCGUUGUCAAAGCGCUACCGACCGUUCGAGACCACACCACCGAUCAGCUUAACGAAGAAGGCGACGAAUACAUACCGCGUGAGUUCGACGAAGCCGGCGAGAAGAAGAUUGCUCCCAACGGCGCGCCACUUGACGGACGCGAGUAUCAUUGUCGCACCUUCUACGUACCGAAUCGGGGCGAUAAGCUGUUUAUGCUAGCCACCGAAUGCGCUAGGGUUCUCGGAUAUCGCGACUCCUACCUGCUAUUCAACAAGAAUCGGUCCCUGUUCAAGAUCAUUGCUUCGCAGGCCGAGAAAGAUGACCUGAUCCAGCAGGAGGUUCUCCCGUAUUCAUACCGAUCCCGUCAAAUCGCCAUCGUUACAGCACGGUCGAUGUUCCGUCAGUUUGGCAGCCGAUUGAUCAAGAACGGUCGCCGCGUUCGGGAUGAUUACUGGGAGAGCAAGGCGAGAAAGCAAGGAUUCACUGAGGAAGACGCCGCCGGAGAGAAACGACCGGGGGGUGCCAAAGCCAGAGAAGCCGCCGCUGCCGAAGCCAGUGGAGUUGCGCAUUUAACGGCGCUUCCGCACGGAGAGAUCAUCUACAGCAACGGCCCCAAUCCGUUCGAGCAGCAACCUGGCAUGGGCGGACUUGCUGCCUCGUUGGCGCCUUUGCCAAUGAUCAAUCCACUCGCCGACUUGCCACGAGGAGACUACGGCAUUCAACGACCACGUCAUGAGAUUACAGGCACUCCCUAUCAGGAUCGCACGCAACCUAGCACAGCAACCGAGAUUCUCAACCAAGCCGCGCAGACAGCCGAGUACAAUAAGGUCAUCAACCAGCAGCGCACCAAUCGGGGACAGUAUCUUGAAGAUAUCUGGAAACGUCCGCACGAUCCUCCUCAACAGCCACGUCCAGCAACUCCCGCCGAGCAGACCGCCGUCAGUCGUACUUCUCACGCCCUCCCCUCUCCGCAGAUGGUGGUUGCUGGGACCAUGCCGGGUGGCUCGUCGCAAACUCCUAAUGCUCACCAUCGCGGCCAACAGCCUCCCAUGAUGGCCCCUUCGCCAUACACGCAACCCACUCAACACCAUCCCUCCAUGGUCGCUCCAUCACCGGUCCAAGGCAUACCCCAACCCUCCCUCCGGCCGGAUCAGCAUCCUCAUCCUCUCCAGCAGCAACACCGCUCCCCCAGCGUUGGCUCUUCUAGUGGCGCCAACGUCUCGUCCGCACCCUCCCACGUUCAACAACCACAGUCGUCCUACACCGGAUACCCACCCCACGCCAACCAGAUAUGGGGCCAACAGCCACCACAACCCGUCCCCUCUCCCCUCCAGCACCAAGCCUACGGCUACUCUCAGAACGUCCAACAACAAUCCCCCCACCUCCAGCAACAAUCCCCAAUGCAGCCCCCCCAGCUGCCCCCCCAACACCAAACCCCCAACAUGCACGCCGCCGGGGCUCCCUCGCCCAUGGGCUAUCCAAGCAUGCAUCAGCACCAGGGCGGCAUGGGCGGCCCGGCGCAGGGAUACGCAAACCCGAGCCCCGUGCGAAACCCGCAGAUGAACUUCCAUCCGGGCCAGCCGCAGCAGCAGUUCAUGCACCCGGGUUCGCCGGCGCAGGGAGGUGCGCAGGCGGGACAGGGAAUGCAUGGAUGGACGGGACAGACGGGGCCGGCAGGCCAAAGUUGGCAGGGGUUCUGAUUUCUGAAAUCCGGGUAGUGUGAGACUGUGGUGUACAUCAGAUCGUCCAGUGGGAGGACGAAGGAGAACAUGAAACGGCGUCGA